UCCACUGAUCAUAAUGAAACCCACAAGCAACACUGUUAUGCAAACCCUUGCUGAGAAGCAGAACUCAUCUUAGCAAACAGAGCAUGCUGCUGAAGUGAGAUACCCAUGGGUUGUCUCAUUGCUGGAACCAGUUUUUCUGCCUCUAUCAAAGUAUUGGAGAGCUUUGGGGAAUCAAGAUACAAAGUGGAGAAGAUAAACAAGAACACAGAGUGGAGAGGGGGAGCAGCAGGGAAGAAAAUUGCUGAGAAGGAAAAGAAAAACUGACACACACCCCCAAACCAGAAGAAUUUCUGUUUUCAUAAGGGAACUUGCAGUUCUCUAAGGAGUUUAUAGGAAUAACCUUAGUCUAGCAACCCAAGUUCUAGUACAGUCUAUGCUUCUCACCGCAGGACACUCAUAUUUUAAUUUUAAAGUAGAUGUCAGGGUAGAUGUGAAAUCACUCAUGGCGAAAUUUAACGCGGGUAACAACCCCACAGAGGAUGUUUCUGGUAACAGCCACCCCUUCAAAGCCUCUGGACAACCUACCUAUACAGGAUUACAGACAAGGAAAGCAGCAUUUGAGAAAUUUGCAAGUCAAGGAAACGCAACUACUUCUUCAGGACCCAGUACCUUUCACAAACCUGUUCAUCCUAAGCCUCCUCUGGCAAUCAAGCCUUCAAGUGAUGAUAAAACAGAGAAGGAUCCAAAGCUCCCAUAUUUGAAACCAGUGGCACAAAGGUUUGGAGUUCAGCUUCAGGCAACUAACAGAGAAAAUUAUGAAAAAGCUGGAUGCACUAAACUCCCCACCAAAACAAGUGACUCGGCAAAGGAAGAGCCAGUGCCUCUGUAUCCAAAACUUGCACAGAACAGGUUCCUUAACUCUGCUCCUCAUGAGAAAGAAAAAAGUGCUCUGGGAACAAAAUCAAAUCCAAAUUUUGCACCACAGGAGAGUGAGGCAAAACCAGCAUUUUCAAAAGUAACUGGAGUUAAGGAAAAGUUCUUGUCUGCAACACAAGAAAAUGAGCCCAAAUCUUCUUUCUCUAAACCACCUCUUGCACAGAAACCUUCUCUAAACCAUGAUGUCUCCCACAAUGAAGACACUUCUAAUAAAAAUGUUUUUCUUCAAAAAGGACUAUCAGGCCCUAGACAAAAUAUACACUCAUUUAAGGCAACAAAGGAAAUGGAUGAAAAUAGUAACUGUUCUGCAGAAGCUACAGGCAGUCAUAUUUCUAACAUAGCUCUGAAGCCUACUGAUCACUGCGCCAGUUCAUCUCAAGGAACCCCCAAAAAUAUGGAGGAAAAAAUUGAAGAAAAGGGAAUGAGUGCUGCGAAGAACAUCUUUCUCAACAAAAUUAUCCAGGAAGAGUCAGGUUCCUCUUCUAAGUUCCAUAAGACAAACACAGCAUUUGCUGAAGGAAGGCUAUCAGGUGGAUCACAAGAGAAAGAGGAUGGGGACAGGAGCUCAGGAACUCCCAAGCAAAAAGCCUUGCCCCCACUGUUCAAGCUGGGCCAGCCCCCGCAGAAGCCCAGCAGGCCCCCCAGCGUGCAUCUGGAAAGGUUUCGGAAAAGCAGCCCAAAAGACAACCCUAAAAAUGAAGGUUUGAAACAGAUAGGACCUCCCUCAGCAGCACUUUCCCUGCCUGUACCUCCACCACACUCUGCUACGCAGUUGCCACCUCCUCCAUCAGCCUCUCACCCAUCUCUGCAGGCCCAAGCAGCUCCUAACCUGCCUCCCAGAAACGUCAAGCCCAGCUUUGAAACAAUAAGUCCGGAAAAUGAAGAAAAUUAUGAUGAUGUUGCAUUUGUUUCACAGGGUCAUCGAAACACAGAGGGGGGCCAAGAAAGCGAUGGUGAAAUGUAUGAAGACAUAAAUGACAUCAGAUCAUCAAAGGAAAAAGAGAAGAAGUGGGACAAGGAAGAAAAGAGAAGAGUGGACCAAGAGAAGAAGGAACAAAAGGAAAAAGAAAAGAAAGAGCAGGAAAUAAGGAAGAAGUUCAAAUUAACAGGACCCAUCCAAGUCCUUCAUCAGGCACGAGCUUGUGCUGACCACAAGGGAGGGAAGAAUGAACUGACUGUCAAACAAGGGGAUGAGAUUGAAAUAAUUCGCCUCACGGACAACCCAGAAGGAAAGUGGCUGGGCAGGAUAAAAGGAUGUUAUGGAUACAUUAAAACAACCAUGGUGGAGAUUGAUUAUGAUUCUUUAAGAAGAAAGCAGCAGCUGUCUACCAGAGCUUCUGUGAAAUGUCCAGAGAGUGACCAAGAAGUGUAUGAUGAUGUUGGAGAGCAGGACAGUAUUAGCAAUCACAGUGGUGGUCAAAGUGGAUCUGGAAAUAUGUUCCCACCUCCUCCUUCUGAUCAAGAUAUUUAUGAUGGGAUUAAUGAUGAAGAUGCUGCAACGAGGUCUGUAUCACAGGAUGAAGACAAGAAUGGUAUCUGGUCCUGGGGAAUCUUGAAGAGGCUAAUGGUCAAAGAUGACAAAAAGAAAAGUGUACGAGAAAAACCAACUAAAGUCAAUGGGGCAGAAGAUAAUGGAGAUUUGUUCAUGCCUCCUUCAGCAAAGCAGUUUGGAAAAGAUUGUGGAGACAAUGAUGUUUAUGACGACGUAGAUUCUUCAGACUUCCCUCCUCCCCCUCCUGACCUCAGGCAAAAGAAAAUGGGAAUUUCUCCCCUGAUUAGAAAUAUUUCAUCAAAAUCAGCAAAGCUUGGAAAACAUAAAUCAGAUGAAAAAGAUGCACAAAAGUUUAAAAAUACGGAAAGAGAAGAGAAAGAGUUCAGGAAAAAGUUCAAAUUUGAAGGUGAAAUUAAAGUUAUUUACUCUACCACUGCAGUCCAGGAUUUGCCCCAGAGAAAAUGGGGAUCUAAAGACUUACAAGUUAAACCAGGGGAGUCUCUCGAAAUUAUAGAAAGUACAGAUGAUACCAAGGUCCUGUGCAGGAAUGGAGAAGGAAAAUAUGGCUAUGUUCUGAGAAGCGAUUUAGUUCAGAAUGAUGGAGAGAUUUACGAUGAUAUUGGAGAUGAUUGCGUCUAUGAUAAUGACUGAGGCAGAAUUUUAUGCAAGUAAGAGGUUCAUUGAAGAUCAAAAUCUAUUUCAGACUUGCUAAUUGUGGAAGCGAGAGAAGUCACUAAAGCUGAUUACAAGUUAACUCUUCUAAAUGUACAAUUAAACUUUCUUUAGGAUUUCAGGGUUCUUUCAUUCCUUGCUUUGUAUGAAAUUUGUAUUGCCAUUUAUCUGAGCAAAUAAAAUUCAGGGAAUAUGAGCUAAAGUUAAGGUUACCAUUUUCCACUUUCUUUCCACAUUUAUGAUUAUCUUCAAUUAGCUAUACCCAGAGAGGCUAGUUCAGGUCUAUGAAGGAUACAGAUGAGAAAAAGCCCUGGGAACAGGUUUUACUCUGGCUCUGGUCUAUUAAACACCAGAGACUGCCACUCUGGGGAGGACAGUAUCCUGAAAAGAAGUGCUUCCUUUGGUGAUAACAUCCUGUUGUGAAAACAGGAAAUCAAAAGUGGGCACCAGAGAAGACAAUACAUUGCUGACUUGCCACUCCAACCGCAAUAGCGUUAGCUACACUGACAUGUACAGCCAUGUACCAUUAUUGCUCAAGUUUCUUUUUCUAUGUUGUGCUAAUGAUAGAAUAUCAUUCUCUAAGGUUUAUUUGACCAUUCUGUAAGUACUUUUUGACUAACAGUAAAUUAGUAACAAUGCUAUCUGUCUUACACACAGCACUCUGAGAUAUAAACUAUAGAACAGCAUAGUAUAGACUAUAGAUUAUAGUAUAGCAUUGCUCAAAAUAUAUUCAGAAUAUUUAGGUUAAGAUUUAGUUUCUGUUUAGUUUGCAGAUAUGUUGCUGUUGCCACUAUAGUAAUUUAGGCAUUAAAAUGGACCUAUAAACUGAUGAUAAAUUGAUGGAAAAUCACUUCUAGAUUAAAUACAUAUUUUGAUAAUAACUUUUACAUCUAAGUACUAUAUUUUAUACUAGACUUGGCUGAAUGAGAGUAUAGAAACAACAUUUAUUCCUAAGAAUCAUUGUGAUGCUGUUCUCUGAAAGAACAAGUACCAAAUGAAAGUAAAAUGAACAAUGAAUCAUAAGUAUCACUUUGCACUUAUAUAUCUGAACUCACUGGAAAUCAAAAGACAGUUAUAGUGAACUCCCAAUAAAGAGGGUGAGCAUACGCAGAAAAUGGAAUGUAUACUUUUAAUGUGUGAUGCUUUUUCUGUAGUGCAAGAUAAUCAAAAACGUGUAAUAACCAAUGUGGCUGGAUCAGUGUAAACAACUCCUCUUGAUAAUAAAGUAUCCUAUAAUCCUCAAGGGAAGCAAAGUACACUGUGAAAACCAGUGCAAUGUAGCAAACUAGCAAGUUUAGCUUAUAAUCAGAAAAUUUUUGGUUCUGUUGAAGUCAGUGAGCUUUGGUCUUACCUUCAGUGGUGCUGAGAUUUCAUCUUACACAAGUGCCUUUUACUGAUGAUUCAAAAUACAGUGAAUCUUGAAGGAGGUAUAAUGCUAUGGGGAUAUCAAACAUAAAAUUAACUGUUGAGAUAGUAGC